AUCUCUCUUAUCUGUGCAGGUGGUUCAUAUGGAGUUGGAAAUGGGCCUAAUGGGGUUCCUAAACUGAUGGAUUUACUAGAUGAACCAGUGCCUGGGGUCGGCACAUAUGAAGACUUCAACACCAUCGACUGGGUCCGGGAGAAAUCUAAGGACCGGGAUCGCCACAGAGAGAUUGCUACCAAAAGUAAAGAGUCAACCUUGGCUCUGAUGAAGAGUAUAAGUGACGCCUUCUCUGGCUGGCUUCUCAUGCUGCUCGUGGGACUGAUGUCAGGUGCCCUGGCUGGUGGCAUCGACAUCUCUGCCCAUUGGAUGACAGAUCUGAAGGAGGGAGUGUGUCUGAACGGCUUCUGGUUUAAUCAUGAGCACUGCUGCUGGAACUCCAACGAGACAACCUUCCAGGAAAGAGACAAAUGCCCUAACUGGAAAAGCUGGGCAGAGCUCAUUGUCGGUACUAAUGACGGUCCUUUCGCCUACAUCAUGAAUUACCUGAUGUAUGUGUGCUGGGCACUGCUUUUCUCCUUCCUGGCUGUGUCUUUAGUCAGGGCCUUUGCCCCGUAUGCUUGUGGCUCUGGAAUACCUGAGAUCAAGACCAUCCUGAGUGGGUUUAUCAUCAGAGGCUACCUGGGUAAAUGGACUCUCAUGAUUAAAACCAUCACCCUGGUGCUGGCUGUGUCAUCUGGACUCAGUCUGGGCAAAGAAGGGCCACUGGUCCAUGUGGCCUGUUGCUGUGCCAACAUCCUAUGCCACCUGUUCACCAAGUACCGUAGGAAUGAGGCAAAGAGACGAGAGGUAUUGUCUGCCGCAGCAGCUGUUGGUGUGUCAGUAGCUUUUGGAGCACCAAUUGGUGGAGUUCUGUUCAGUCUGGAAGAGGUGAGUUAUUAUUUCCCCCUGAAGACGCUGUGGCGCUCUUUCUUUGCUGCGUUGGUGGCGGCUUUCACCCUUCGGUCCAUCAACCCGUUUGGUAACAGCAGGCUGGUUCUCUUCUACGUGGAGUUCCACUCCCCUUGGCACUUGCUGGAGCUCAUACCCUUUGUCCUGUUGGGUAUUUUUGGGGGAAUCUGGGGAGCUUUCUUCAUUCGUGCAAAUAUUGCGUGGUGUCGCCGACGUAAGACCACGCGGCUGGGUCACUACCCUGUUUUGGAGGUGCUGGUUGUUACGGCUGUCACGGCUCUGCUGGCGUUCCCCAACAGCUACACGCGCAUGAGCACCAGCGAGUUGAUCUCUGAGCUGUUCAAUGAUUGUGGUCUGCUGGAUUCCUCACAGCUGUGUAAUUAUGCCAAUGUGAGCGUCACUAAGAUCAGCAGUGAUGCUCUGCCUGAUAGACCAGCAGGACCAGAUGUGUACACCGCCAUGUGGCAGCUCUCACUGGCCCUGGUCUUCAAGAUGCUGAUCACAGUGGUGACCUUCGGCAUGAAGGUGCCCUCUGGCCUCUUCAUCCCCAGUAUGGCUGUGGGAGCGAUUGCAGGUAGGCUGCUUGGUGUGGGUAUGGAGCAGCUGGCAUAUUACCACCAUGAUUGGGUAAUCUUCAGAGGCUGGUGCUCACCUGGAGCGGACUGCAUCACCCCUGGCCUCUAUGCUAUGGUGGGCGCUGCCGCCUGUCUGGGCGGUGUAACUCGUAUGACAGUCUCUCUGGUGGUCAUUAUGUUUGAGCUAACGGGCGGCCUGGAAUACAUUGUGCCUCUCAUGGCUGCCACCAUGACUAGUAAAUGGGUGGCAGAUGCUUUGGGUCGAGAAGGUAUUUAUGAGGCUCAUAUCCGUCUCAAUGGUUACCCCUUCCUGGAGCCUAAGGAGGAGUUCAGCCACAAGACGCUGGCCAUGGACGUGAUGCGACCCCGACGUAGUGACCCCCCGCUCUCCGUGAUCACACAGGACGGGAUGAGCGUGGAGGACGUCGAGUCACUCAUUGCUGAAACCUCAUACAGCGGUUUCCCUGUGGUGGUCUCACAUGAGUCUCAGAGACUUGUGGGCUUUGUCAGUCAUGAGAAGGUUUAUUAUUCUCACUCUUUCCCUCUGGCAGAAAAUGCUCGUCAGCGUCAGGAAGGUGUGGUUAGUGCCUCCCGAAUCUUCUUCACUGAAUACACACCUCCACAGCCACCAAACAGUCCUCCUCCAUUGAAACUUCGUGGUAUCAUGGAUCUCAGCCCAUUUACUGUUACCGACCACACUGCCAUGGACAUCGUGGUGGACAUCUUUCGCAAGCUGGGCCUGCGCCAGUGUCUCGUCACUCACAACGGGCGUUUACUAGGCAUCAUCACCAAAAAGGACAUUCUGAAACAUAUGGCCCAGAUGGCCAACCGAGACCCUGACUCUAUUCUCUUCAACUAAAGUGCCAAAUUGGCUGUUAUGAAACACCAGUCAGUUUGAAAUCACCCACUGGGCAGAAAACAGCAGUCUGGCCUAAUUAUUUGCACUACAGAACUGUCAGUACUGGCUUAGCGUCCAUUCACACUGUGAAUCCAUUUGUAGAGCCUCAUUGGCGCAGGCGCUACAACUGCAGGAUGGAGGACCUUCAGCAGCGUUUUAUGCACUCCAGUAGCUAGCUUAAAUGAGUGCAACCAAGUGUUGGUGUUUGCAAG